GGCAGCGGCUCCACCCACCCCGGUUCCUCCUGCCCCGCAGUGCCGUGAGGGGUGGCGGAUGGGGCGGAUUUUCUCCAGAAUCUGUCACGAAAACAUCACCGGGAGCGGCGGGCGCGGAAGCCACUUCAGCAGAAGAAGCGUGGCGAAGGGACUACUUUUUGGAUCGGAAAGCAACGUGCGAAAACUUCCGGGGAGGACUUAGAAAUACGCGUCACUUCCGGCAGGCCGGGACGCGAGGAGUGGGGCUCGGGCGGGGGGAGCGGCCCCGGCCGGGACAGCGACAGCGGCAUUUGGUAGCAAGUCCCGCCGUCCUGCCUGGCAGCGCCGCCGGGGGAUGCGCCUCGACCCCCGGCCCAGCCCCUGAACCUCCCGGCCGCCCUUCUCCACCCUGCGCUCCCGGCGGCGGCGGCGCCCCCCUCCCCCUGCGGCCAUGGCGGGGGGCGGCGGGUCGCGCUACGCGGCCGAGUUUGUGCCACCGCCCGAGUGCCCUGUGUUCGAGCCCAGCUGGGAGGAGUUCAGCGAUCCGCUCGGCUUCAUCGGCCGCAUCCGCGGCCUGGCCGAGAAAACUGGCAUCUGCAAGAUCCGGCCCCCCAAGGACUGGCAGCCUCCAUUUGCAUGUGAAGUACAAAGUUUUCGUUUCACUCCACGAAUUCAGCGCCUGAAUGAACUGGAGGCAAUGACAAGAGUGAAACUGGACUUCUUGGAUCAGUUAGCAAAAUUCUGGGAACUCCAAGGAUCCAAUUUAAAAAUUCCUGUGGUUGAGAGAAAAAUACUGGAUCUCUAUGGACUGAGCAAGAUUGUUGCCAACAAAGGAGGCUUUGAAGUAGUGACCAAAGAGAAGAAAUGGUCUAAAGUGGCCAGUCGGCUUGGCUACUUGCCAGGAAAAGGCACGGGUUCAUUGCUCAAGUCUCACUAUGAACGGAUCCUGUAUCCCUAUGAGCUCUUCCAGUCCGGGGUCAGCCUCAUGGGCAUCCAAAAGCCUAACUUGGAUCUUAAGGAAAAAGUGGAGGCUGAGGACCUGAGCUCAGAUGCCCAGGCUUCCCCAAAGCAGGCUUCAAGGAUGAAUGUUAUGCUGAAGAGAACCAGGCGUGUCAAAUCCCAGGCAGAGGUAGGAGAAAUGAGUAGAAACACUGAACUAAAGAAGCUGCAGAUCUUUGGAGCUGGACCCAAGAUGAUGGGACUGGCACUGGGAGCAAAGGAUAAAGAGGAUGAGGUGACACGAAGGCGCAAGGGAACGAGAUCAGAAGCAUUUGGAAUGCAGAUGAGGCAGCGCAAAGGAACUCUUUCUGUCAACUUCGUUGAUCUUUAUGUUUGCUUAUUUUGUGGUAGAGGAAAUAAUGAGGAUAAACUGCUACUGUGUGAUGGAUGUGAUGACAGCUAUCACACUUUCUGCUUGAUUCCUCCUCUUCCUGAUGUACCCAAGGGUGACUGGAGGUGUCCAAAGUGUGUUGCUGAGGAAUGCAACAAACCCCGAGAGGCCUUUGGAUUUGAGCAAGCUGUCAGGGAAUAUACUCUCCAGAGCUUUGGUGAAAUGGCUGAUAACUUCAAGUCUGAUUAUUUCAACAUGCCGGUCCAUAUGGUUCCCACUGAACUGGUAGAAAAAGAAUUCUGGCGAUUAGUGAGCAGCAUAGAAGAAGAUGUUAUUGUGGAAUAUGGGGCUGAUAUCUCAUCCAAGGACUUUGGGAGUGGCUUCCCAGUGAAGGAUGGCCGACGAAAGCUGAUGCCAGAGGAGGAGGAUUAUGCUCUCUCUGGUUGGAACUUGAACAACAUGCCCAUUCUUGAACAAUCAGUCCUUGCUCACAUCAAUGCAGACAUCUCUGGCAUGAAGGUGCCCUGGCUGUACGUAGGGAUGUGCUUCUCCUCUUUUUGCUGGCAUAUUGAAGACCACUGGAGCUAUUCCAUCAACUACCUGCAUUGGGGAGAGCCGAAGACAUGGUAUGGUGUGCCCUCUCAUGCAGCAGAGCAGCUGGAAGAUGUGAUGAAGGAAUUGGCUCCUGAGCUGUUUGAAUCCCAGCCUGAUCUCCUGCAUCAGCUGGUCACUAUUAUGAACCCCAAUGUGCUGAUGGAACAUGGUGUACCAGUUUUCAGGACCAAUCAGUGUGCUGGCGAGUUUGUUGUGACCUUUCCUCGUGCGUAUCACUCUGGAUUUAACCAGGGAUAUAAUUUUGCUGAAGCAGUGAACUUCUGCACUGCUGACUGGCUUCCCAUUGGACGUCAAUGUGUGAGUCACUACCGAAGGCUGGGACGUCACUGUGUUUUCUCCCAUGAAGAGCUGAUCUUCAAGAUGGCUGCAGAUCCAGAGUGCUUGGAUGUUGGGCUGGCUGCCAUGGUCUGCAAGGAGAUGACUCUGUUGAUAGAGGAAGAGACACGGCUGAGGGAGUCUGUUGUACAGAUGGGAGUGUUGAUGUCUGAAGAAGAGGUGUUUGAACUGGUUCCAGAUGAUGAACGUCAGUGCACAGCUUGCAGAACCACGUGCUUCUUGUCAGCUCUUACGUGUUCCUGUAAUCCUGAGCGCCUGGUGUGCUUAUACCAUCCCUCUGAUUUAUGUCCCUGUCCCAUGCAGAAGAAGUGUCUAAGGUACCGCUAUCCCCUGGAAGACCUUCCUUCUUUGUUGUAUGGAGUGAAAGUUAGAGCACAGUCUUAUGACACUUGGGUCAGUAGAGUUACAGAGGCUUUGUCUGCCAAUCUCAACCAUAAGAAAGAUGUGAUUGAGCUGAGAGUAAUGUUGGAGGAUGCUGAAGACCGGAAAUACCCAGAAAACGAUCUUUUCCGUAGGCUCCGAGAUGCUGUGAAAGAAGCAGAGACCUGUGCUUCAGUAGCACAGCUGCUUCUGAGCAAAAAGCAAAAACACAGCAGAGUGAGCCAAGACAGUGGAAGGACACGGACCAAGCUGACUAUGGAGGAGCUUAAAGCAUUUGUGCAGCAGCUGUUCAGCCUGCCAUGUAUUAUCAGCCAGGCCCGACAAGUAAAGAAUCUGCUUGAUGAUGUGGAAGAAUUUCAUGAGCGUGCUCAAGAAGCAAUGAUUGAUGAGGUCCCAGACUCUUCCAAGCUGCAGGAGCUGAUAGACAUGGGCUCUGGCCUUUAUGUUGAACUUCCUGAACUGCCAAGGUUGAAGCAAGAACUGCAGCAGGCUCGGUGGUUGGAUGAGGUGAGGUCCACCCUCUUGGAUCCCCAGAGGGUCACCCUGGAUGUGAUGAAGAAGCUGAUUGACUCUGGUGUGGGCUUGGCACCACAUCAUGCUGUAGAAAAAGCCAUGGCUGAGCUUCAAGAGCUGCUCACAGUCUCAGAGAGAUGGGAGGAGAAGGCCAGGGUCUGCCUGCAGGCCAGACCACGCCAAAGUAUGAUGGCUCUGGAGGGCAUCGUGAAUGAAGCAAAGAACAUCCCUGCUUACCUGCCCAAUGUGCUGGCACUGAAAGAAGCCCUGCAGCGGGCUAGAGACUGGACAGCCAAAGUGGAGGCCAUUCAGAAUGGGAGCAACUAUGCAUACCUGGAGCAGCUGGAGAGCUUGUCUGCGAAAGGCCGCCCCAUCCCAGUGCGCCUCGAUGCCCUGCCCCAGCUGGAGUCCCAGGUGGCUGCAGCUCGUGCCUGGAGGGAGCGCACCGGAAGGACCUUCCUCAAGAAGAAUUCCAGCUACAGUCUGCUACAGGUUCUGAGCCCGCGGACUGAUAUCGGUGUUUAUGGGAGCAGUAAGAACAGGCGGAAAAGGGCCAAGGAGUUGAUGGAGAAGGAAAAGGAGAAAGAUCUUGACUUGGAAUCCCUGAGUGAACUGGAGGAUGGGCUGGAGGAGGCCAGGGAUGCUGCAGCUGUGGUGGCUGUAUUCAAGGAGCGGGAACAGAAGGAGAUUGAAGCCAUGCAUGCUCUCAGGGCAGCCAACCUGGCCAAGAUGACCAUGGUGGAUCGAAUCGAAGAGGUCAAGUUCUGUAUCUGCCGCAAGACUGCCAGCGGGUUCAUGCUGCAGUGCGAGCUCUGCAAGGACUGGUUUCACAGCGGCUGUGUGCCCCUGCCCAAGACGAGCUCUCAGAAGAAGGGCUCCAGCUGGCAGGCCAAAGAAGUGAAGUUCCUGUGUCCCCUGUGCAUGCGCUCCCGCCGGCCGCGCCUGGAGACCAUCCUGUCCCUGCUGGUGUCCCUGCAGAAGCUGCCUGUGCGCCUGCCUGAGGGGGAGGCCCUGCAGUGCUUGACAGAGCGAGCCAUGAGCUGGCAGGACCGAGCACGGCAGGCCCUGGCCACCGACGAGCUGUCCUCUGCUUUAGCCAAGCUCUCCGUGCUCAGCCAGCGAAUGGUGGAGCAGGCAGCUCGGGAGAAAACAGAGAAAAUCAUCAGUGCAGAGCUACAGAAGGCAGCAGCUAACCCCGACCUGCAGGGACACUUGACAAAUUUUCAGCAGUCAGCCUUUAACAGAGUGAUAGGGAGUGUGUCCUCAUCCCCACGGCAGACUUUGGAUUAUGAUGAUGAAGAGACAGACUCUGAUGAAGACAUCAGGGAGACAUAUGGCUAUGACAUAAGGGACAAUGCCAGUGUAAAAUCUUCCAGCAGCUUGGAGCCCAAUUUGUUUUGUGAUGAGGAAAUCCCCAUUAAAUCAGAGGAGGUGGUGACGCACAUGUGGACUGCUCCCUCCUUCUGUGCAGAACACGCCUAUUCCUCUGCUUCUAAAAGCUGUUCUCAAGGUUCUAGCACACCGAGGAAGCAGCCGAGGAAGAGCCCGCUGGUACCUCGCAGUUUGGAGCCGCCUGUGUUGGAGCUGUCACCUGGAGCAAAAGCUCAGCUGGAAGACCUGAUGAUGGUAGGAGAUCUCCUGGAGGUAUCUCUGGAUGAAACUCAGCAUAUCUGGCGGAUUUUGCAGGCCACUCAUCCACCCUCUGAGGAAAGAUUUCUUCAUGUCAUGGAGGAUGACAGCAUGGAUGAAAAACCACUAAAAAUGAGAGGGAGGGACUCUUCUGAGAGGAAGCGGAAACGAAAACUGGAGAGAGCAGAGCAGUUCUUUGGAGAUAUGAAGCAAAAAUCAAAAGAGCUGAAAAAACUGGAAAAACCGAAAAAGAAGAAGCUAAAACUCACCAUGGAUAAGACAAAGGAGCUGAACAAGCUGGCAAAGAAACUGGCUAAAGAAGAGGAGCGGAAGAAGAAGCGAGAGAAGGCAGUUGUGGCAAAAGUAGAACUGGCAAAGGAGAGUGCAGAGAAAAAAAGAGAGAAGAAGGUUCUGGAUAUUCCUUCCAAGUACGACUGGUCAGGAGCAGAAGAGUCAGAUGAUGAGAAUGCUGUGUGUGCUGCUCAGAACUGCCAAAGGCCCUGCAAGGACAAAGUGGACUGGGUGCAGUGUGAUGGGGGCUGCGAUGAGUGGUUCCAUCAGGUAUGUGUCGGGGUCUCCCCAGAGAUGGCUGAGAAUGAGGAUUACAUCUGUAUAAACUGUGCAAAGAAACCCCUGCAGGGACCCAGCAGCCCUGCCCACGCCCCACCUCCUCCCUUCUUGUUGAGCUACAAACUACCAAUGGAAGAUCUCAAGGAGACAAGUUAGCAACUGCUUGAUGCCCAGAACUUGUUGGGAAAUGGACCACUGGAACCCUUCAGAACGAGAGGGCUUGAAGCUAAUGUAGCCCCUGAGCUUCUCUUCCAAGGAUGUACAGAUGUGCAGUGGAGUUGGUCCGUUCUCACAGCUGGCUUCCUUCCUGCAGCGGGAAUGUCAAGGCACAGUGGCACCGACUCAUCUAUGCAGACACCGCCUGAUGAGGAGCUCCAGCCAGUGUUUUCUGACUUGAGUGUUUCCAUCUUUCAGUGUGGCUGUUGCUCUCAAGGACUGAGCAAACUUGAGGCUAUUAGAUUAGGCACUUGAGGGUGUUAGAAGUACAUGUUGGCAGUGGAGCUGGCCUGGAACUGGUGGGCAUAGGCAGGAGCUCUUAGAGUUGCAAAUUACCCUAAGGAGGUGACCAUCAGAGGUUAUCUUUCACCUCUCCAUGCCAACCCAGUGUAGAGCAGUGUCUUGGGAGAAUGAAAUUGCCUCCAUAUCCAGGCAGCUAACACUACGCUAUAAGGGUGGGAGCAAGUGGAUGAAUUUCUUUUAAUUUCUCUUUGUAGCUAAAGGGCAGAGGAGAUCAAUCUCAGAAAUCAGCAAAGGUUCUGUUUACCAAAAAAGAAACCCAACUCUACUCCACUAGGCAAAUUUUUAUUUUCUCAGUGGGUAACAACCGAUCUUCCUGUCCUGAGGAGGACCAGAAAGCAUUGAUAAUGUUUAGCUAGACCAGAACUUGGGAAGAGCAGAGUGCUUCUCUUUCCAUAGGGAUGCUCUCUCCUGUUCUAGGCUUUGCUAAGAGUUCUGCAGUCCUGCACAUUCAAGUUGUGUGGCACAGGAUGGAGCUGGCAAGGAGGUACAGCACCCAGGGCACAGCUUCUGAGAUCUGUACCCAGGGAUGGGAAGGAAAGAAGACAGCCCACUUACCUCAGAGGUUAUACUGACAUGUGCUUCUGUGAAAAGUUUCACUUACAACUCUUUCCAGUAUCACCAGGCUAUGGGCAUGGCGUCAUGUGAUACCAGCAAGCAGUCUGCAGAUACUGCUCACAGUGCAAACCCCUCCCUGCUGGCUUUGCUGGAUGUGUACCAGUGUACAAUCAGCAACAGUUCUUGUUUGAAGUUGCCCCUGGCUUUGCCAGAGGAACAGAGGGCUUGGGGUCAUCCUGGGUGACAGUUGUUUUAGUAAAUCCAUUUUUAAAGAAGGACUUGUUUUUACUUUUUUCUAAAUGUCUCAGACUACUGACUUGUUCUAUAAAUAGAUUAUUUUUCUUUGAUUUUUUUAUACUUACCACUGUUAAACAGCAGCACAGACAGAGGUUCACAAAGCAAAAACCUGCCCGUGGGCUUGGGUUUUUUUAUUCCAUUCCUUCCUUGUAGUACAAGGAAUUAGCAGUUACCUUCCCCAUUCUAGCUUGACCAGCUGCCUGUGUUUAAAUAGGUAAAUACAUUUCAUGUGCUACCUUUGUGUUUGGGUUUGUUCCUAUUAGUGGGGCAUCUGGGCCUUAAUGACUCCAGUGGAUGCUGACCUUGUGUAUGUGAAUGUCUGAAGUUCAGCCCCUGGGCUGUCUUGUCCCCCUCUCCACUCGCUCCCUAUUGUGUUUCCAUUCUUCUGCAGUUCUAGGAGUGUUGUAAGUAGUGUCCAGUCUUACUAGGAGCUGGAUUGGGAUUUAAAGAAAUAUUGACAAAAACAAAAGUGUGCUGUCUUGACUGUUCUGUGUCCCUUCUCUUGUUCUCUAAUAUUUGGAAGUUUAUUAUCUGGCAGAAUUAUCCAUCCAAAAAACAAGUCAGCUCAGGUAGACGGAGCUUUGUUUUCUUCUAUGUGUGCCUGCUACCUGGGAAGAGAAAAAUGUGCAAAAGAAAAAGAAAUAGGAUGGAGGGCAGAAGAUCCAGUCUUGGGAGCUUUGAGUGCAAAUUGGACACAGACUUCUAAUUCCUGCUCCUUAAAGACUUAAUGUGUUAAAAGCAAAAGCAAGCUGUGGUUAAGCAUGUGGCUGAACGGGCACCCUAGCAAAUUUAAGAGUAUUAUUUGUUUACUUAUUUAUGAAGGAGUCUAUGCUUUGGCUAGACAUACCCUCUUUUUGCCUCCAAUUUUUUUUUUUUCUUCUCAAUGUACACUUAGUUUUGGUAAACUGAUUUAAACAGUUGUUACUUUUCCUUCAAGCUUUAACUGAUGGUACUACAUAAAUGUUUCCUUAUAUGGAGUGGAUAAACUAUCUGUCACAGAUGUUUAAUCGUUCCAGAAGUAGACUAGUACAAGGUUCUUAAAGAGUCCCAGUGUUCUGUAUUCUUUCCUGACUCCUAGAAUUUGUUACACACCAGGGAAAAUAUGGUUAGCAUCUCCUGUUAGCUACUGAGCAUAUCCUCGUAACCAUUCCUGCAUUCUCUGUUGCAAUGAAGUCGUUGUAUGUCAUUGCCAUCAACUGGAAAAGAGACCUUGGAGUAAACCCUCAUUGCAUGUUCCUGUUUCUCCGCAUAGAAGGUGUGGUGGAGAGUGUUGACAGUAGCAUGAGUUACAGCAAGAUGGAAACAAACAGCACUACAGUAUAACCGUGGUCAUUCUGCUUGUAACAAGCGCAGGAAAGAGCAAACAACAGAAAGAAACGUGUAAAUCAUAUGCAAAAGUCACCUUUUUAGUAGCUGUUUUUCAUGUAGCCACAUAGAGAGCCUCAGUUCCACUGUUGGAAGGAGGUUGCCACACUUUCUUUCGGUCACAGAUGUCUCGUCUGCUUUUGGAUAAGGUGUUCAUAAACUGAAGACCAUUAUUAGCUUUACAUCUUAUUGUUUUAAGCUUGUUUUUUUUAAGAGCGUAAUUCCUAUCAAAGGAUUGCUGAUAGUAUGAACUUAUGAAUAAAUGUUAACUUUUGGAAAAACC